AUGGUCCACGCCCAAGACGGGAUCCGAGUGAAUGCGCUUUGUCUCAAUGGCGAAUGCGCCCUUAAGCUUCAGCCCCAGCUCGCCAAACCCGCCGAGCAAGCCGGGGGAUCAACCAACCAAGAGCUCGCGGCGAUCCUCAAGAACCAAGUGAUCCGGAUCAAAAAGGUCCUCUCGAGCCUCCAACUCCGCACCCUUGGCCGCAUCUGUGAGGUCUUGUUGGCCCUCGGCGAUGCCAUUAAGAUCCAGCCUAACGUGCUCCUGCAUGAACUCAAAUUUUUUGGACUCGCAACCAAUACUGCCGGCCUGUUUUGA